AUGUCUGAGCAACAGGAAACAACAAGCGUAUUCAACAAGGAUGUGGACACAAUUCUAUCUCAACAUGAAAAAGACAAAGAUGAUCAAGGAGUAGGAGGAUCGAAUAGAGGUAGAGGAAAAGGGAAGUCCAAUCGAGGUAGAGGUAGAGGCGGAAGACGAGGAAGAGGAGGCGCCACGACAACUCGCCAAACAAGAAGUGUCGUAAAAGGAAAAAUUAGAGAACCGGUAGAAGUAUCUGCAGGAGAAGAACAAGAGGAAGAAGGAAGUGAAUUGACGGAAAGUAGUGAUGAUAGAGAAAAAGAGGUUGAAGGAGAAGCGGAGGAGGUAAAGGAGAAGACUUACGAAGAAGAUGACGUAGAUGAGGAUACCAUCUCAUUAGAAGACGAAGCAGCGUUUGUGAAAGAAAACACUCAUAUCGAAAGAGAACAUGAACGUUAUAUCGAAGAGUUGACUAGACAGUACAGAAAAGGAAAUACGGGACGCCAUGAGAUCCUAGAGCGGUCGUAUUUGAGAUGGUGUGAAAGAUUCGGAUCAGAACCUAGAUCAAUCAAGAUGUUAGCCGUAUCGAGUGAUGAGGAAGAUGAAGAAGAAGCGUGUGCCGGGAAAAGGAAAGCUAAAGAUAAAUCUUCAGACAAACCUGCUAAAGUCGGGAAGAAAAUGGAGACCGGAAGAAUUUUAACUCACAAAUUAAUUGAUUUAGCACCUUAUUGGGAUAGUAAAAUGAAGGCCUGUUUUGGUUAUGUUCCUCUCACAAUCUUUGUACCUGCCUGGCUUUUGGAAGACAAGAAUCAUAUGUCGAACCGCAGGAAGCAGAGCUCAUCCUGCUCGGACGUGGUAGCGUACGUUGGGUUAAAGGUGCCGAGUGAAUGGCGACAGAGUUUCCUAAUGUGGUCAACAUCAUUCAAUUUAUACGUGCAAUAUUGGAGAUUGAAGUAUGGAAGAGAAGAUAUUGCUAGUCGGCUAGAAGAGCAUUAUAAGAUAGUGCUAUCUAUAAAAGCAAAAUGUCAUGAAGCCUUCGCACCGGCACUUAGAUACGAUAUCACUCACCGAACAAAUGUGUUCAUGGGUAAAAAUUCGAUGAUCUCCUCUGUUGGCAGUGAAAGGCUCAGGUACUUAUACCUAUUGGUAGUCUUGGCUCGAAGUAUCGUACUAGUCAUUCGGGCGGUGUUACCAACACCGAGAGUGUCAAAUGCAAACGAGCAGAUUACAGCCGUAACGGGCGGUAGAAUGUUGUCUCACCUAGCUCCUAGCGGAAGAAGUCAGUCUCACGCUCAAAACGGCCAGUUCUUCAAUGAAAGCAACCAUACUCACAGACAAUCCCACCACAAUUACACGGAAAUGAGUGGAGGUAAUGGUGGUAGCCAAAGAGGCCGAGGCAGAGGAAGUCGUGGUAGAGGAGCGCCUAGAGGAUAUGGAGGAAGAGGCGGAAACGCAAGACCUAGUCCAAAUCAAGGCCCGAGUACGGUGGUGAAUGGAGUGAUAGUGCCGAAGUUUGGACAAGGGGCAUUCGAAGCCUUGAAGGCGGCGAAACAAGCUGCGGCAAGUGGUAGUAGUUUGGUAACACAACAUUUCAGAAGGAUUGUUACAUUGGUCAAGAAAUAUAGAGAUGAAUGCGUGUCCAAACUUAGAGACCACCAUGCAAUAUCCAUCACUGUGAGAAAUGGUUGCCAACCAGAACACAGACGUGGCCUGUGUGGUCAGGAGACGGGUGUGCAAAAAGACCAGAUUGAGCAGAAACAGCUGUCAGAAAUGAGAAGCAAAACGUAA